AGAGCUGAGGAAGAGCUGAGGAAGAGCUGAGGAUCUGUAACUGAGAGGGUUCAUAAAGACUGACCAGCUGAGAUUGCUUUUGGGAUUUUUUUUUCAAGACAUUUAUUGGAAGCUGUGUAAUAACCUGAACAGAUCACAAUGAUGACUAAAUCAUAUGGGAAACCUGGAGAUGUGACAGAGCUUGUCAGCUCUUUGGGCUGGAUCGAGGAAGACCUAAGCUCUCAAGAUGGAGAGCAGACACCGGAUAUUGUAGACCACUACGACAUGGACAGAAGGAAUAGCCGUGUCCCCAUGGAUCUUGGCAGUGAGGACAUGGAGGAGGAAGAGGAAGAGGAGGAGGGAGAGUGUGGACUAGAUGGGGACAAGGCACCAAAACGUCGAGGACCUAAGAAGAAGAAGAUGACAAAAGCCAGGAUCGAGCGUUUCCGUGCCCGUCGAGUCAAAGCUAAUGCCAGAGAGCGAACACGCAUGCACGGACUCAACGAUGCUCUGGACAACCUACGGCGAGUCAUGCCAUGUUACUCCAAGACACAGAAACUGUCCAAGAUCGAGACCUUGCGACUGGCGCGCAACUAUAUUUGGGCAUUAUCUGAGGUUCUUGAGAGUGGCCAGUCACCAGAGAGUCACGGUUUUCUGGAGAUGCUCUGCAAAGGGCUCUCUCAGCCAACCAGCAACCUGGUAGCUGGCUGCCUUCAGCUUGGACCUUCAUCCAUGCUGCUGGGUAAACUGGAUGAGAAUAAUGUACCCUUGGAAGCAGUGAGUGCUCAGCAGGCACAUGCUUUGAGCUUCCCAUCACCUGGUCUUCCUAGCCCUCCCUAUGGCUCAUUGGAGGCCUCUCACCUUCUUCAUCUGAAGGGGUUCAAAGGAGCGACAUAUGAGAAUCACUCACCCAAUGAGUGUAGCAAUGGUACGCCGCCUUACGACGGCCCUCUCACUCCACCUCUUAGCAUCAGCGGCAACUUCGCCCUCAAGCAAGAGCCUGACACUGAGAGGAACUACAAUCCACACAAUCCCGCACACCCUGCCCACUAUCUGUCUUCUCACCACUAUCCAGCAUCCUCUAUAACUGGAUUGCCUCAGGGCCAUGCACUGUUCCCCGGAUCCCGUUAUGAGCUACCUUUAGAUAUCGCUUUUGAGUCGUUUGCUGCACCACAUAUUGUAAGCUCACAAAUGGGCACCAUUUACAACGAAUGAACAGUUGUGGCUGUCACAGACCUCAGAACAUGCAUCCAGAAUUAAAACACAUGCAAGAGGCAGAUUGAAAACACACAAUUUAUACAGUGAGAAAACCGUAGCCUGCCUGAAACAGAAGCAUUGCAGAGAUACUUAUUUUGAUUAAUUUAUUCUUGCAUUUGUAAUCAAUGAUUUGGUUUAUGACUUCUUCUGGAUUUUCUUCUUUCAUACUUCCAUACUUUUUGACCUUAACUCCUCUCCCUAGAUAGAGAGGUCCUUUAUGCAUAUACUGUAAAAGCUAUAAACUCCUCUCCUCCAUACACUUCUAUUUUUCUAAAGCUUUUAUCUUUUACAUUCUGCUCAAAAUCCUAUUUUGAUAAACACCCUCUAAAAAGCAAUACAUUUUGCCAGAAAGACAUACAAAUGCAUUUAUUUAUAGCUGUAUUUAAUAUUUAUUUUGACUGUGUCAUUUUUAUAGAAACAGUCUGCACUGGGUUAUCAUUUUGUUAC